GGUUUCUGCUGGACUGAAAAGGGAAAAGGAAAGGGCCGCCGGAUAGUUUUGAAAGAUGACAGCGAAAGGCGAACAACAGAAACGUGUCAGUUCAACAUUUCUUCAUCAGACUCGGGUACUUAUUUUCUCUAAUGGUACUUAUUUUAGGCUUUGUAAUUCAUUAGUAGGCUAGUAUUAUUUGAAUCAUUAGUAUUAUCAUUAAACGAUCCAUUUCAUAAACCAUUUAUUAAAUAGCCAACUUUUAAUGUGAAAGACAGCAGGGAAAAACAAAGCGUCAAAGCGAGAGUGUGUUCAGGGGGAGGGCUGAGGAGCAGGGUGGGGGUUUCAGAACGCGCGCUUUCCCCGGACGCAGAUGGAGAAUAAACCCAAUGGGAGGAUGGACGCAGUAAGCACUUCUCUCGCCGACUCCACGGAAUCCAGAGACAACACGACCAUCAGUAAACUGAACGACAUGGGAUUCUGCCACGGAAAAUCACCAGCGUCGACCUGCGUGUCCACCGCCGUGCGUCACUUUGGCAACAUCGGAACUCUGUUGCACCAGGGCGCACCGCUUCUGGACCACGACGGUUACAAAGAAUGCCCCCUGGUGGAUCACCCGCUGGCCCUGAAGCAGCACUCCUACGGCCGAGUUGAGGAACACUUGAAGACGGACAACAUGAACAUGUCGUGGGCUGAUUAUGUCAAAGUGCCGAGAGCCAAAGAAUCAACGGUGCAAAGGUUGCAGGCGCAACGCGCGUCGACCGCGACCUGUAAGUUUAUAAAGGACGAGAAAGAGCCGUCGCUCAUCAUGGACCAUCCCGGUGGCCCCGGGUUCGGCCUGCCCACGGAGAUGGCCGGACUAGACGCUUUUUAUGACGUCGAGAAGAAACAGCCGCCGCCGGGUUUCGCGGAUGACGCGUCGAGCUUCACUUCGACGAGUUCCCAGGGGAUAGAGGGGUCCCCAAACUUCCUGGUCGAACUGAACCAGCAGGACCCGCUCGCACCUGUAGUCCUACCCCAAGUAAGAACUGAGUUGAGGGGUGGGCAGCCCAGCAAGGGCAUCAUGCCCAACUUCGACGCACACAUGACCAACGCACACGCACAUGCACAACAGCAGCAGCACCAUCAUCUGCAGCAGCAGCAGCACCACCAUCAUCUGCAGCAGUUGAUGGUGUACAAGAAUGAAGCCCCGCGGUGGUCCUUCCCGACUGGGAACGCGGCGGACGCGCAGUUCUGGAGCCAGUCUGCGGGUCUGUCCGACGACCUGUACCCGUAUGGGGCCCAUGGUGCCAGUCCCGCAUCACAGAGGCACUCGCCUUCGUACUCCACCUUUCCCGGCAUGCCACCCCAGAGGCUGUGCAUGAUCUGCGGGGACGAGGCGUCCGGGUGUCAUUACGGGGUUCUAACCUGCGGCAGCUGCAAGGUGUUCUUCAAGCGAGCGGUAGAAGCAGGCCAUCAUAAUUACCUCUGUGCUGGACGGAAUGACUGCAUCGUAGACAAGAUCCGGAGGAAGAACUGCCCCGCGUGCCGCUUGAGGAAGUGCUACCAGGCUGGGAUGAUGCUAGGAGGGAGGAAGUUGAAGCGUUUCGGGGCCCUCAAGGCAAUGGGCAUGUCCCCCGGGAACCUGAUGUUCCAGUCCCACCUGGCGAUGACGGGCGACGGCUCCGCGUCCUGCAUGCCGGGCAUCCGAGAGGUGCAGCUGUCCUCCCAGAUCCUGGCCAUCCUGGAGAACAUCGAGCCGGAGAUGGCGUACUCGGGCUUCGACAACACCCAGCUCGACCUGCCGCAUGCGCUGCUCAACAGCCUCAACCGGCUGUGCGAGAUGCAGCUGCUGUGGAUUGUCAGGUGGUCCAAGUCCCUGCCAGGCUUUCGUAACCUGCACAUCUCGGACCAGAUGACCUUGAUCCAGUACUCCUGGAUGAACCUGAUGGUCUUCUCUCUGGGCUGGAGGUCAUUCAAGAACGUCACCAGUGAAUUCUUAUACUUUGCCCCGGAUCUGAUUCUUAACCAGGACCAGAUGAGGCAGUCCCCCAUCUACGACCUGUGUCUGGCCAUGCAGUUCAUACCCCAGGAGUUUGCCAACCUUCAGGUCACCCGUGAGGAGUUCCUCUGUAUGAAGGCCAUCAUUCUGCUCAACACAGUGCCCCUGGAGGGACUGAAGAGCCAGGCGGCCUUCGACGAGAUGCGCCAGAGCUACAUCCGGGAGCUGACCAAAGCCAUCCACCAGCGGGAGAAGGGCAUGGCUGGGAGCUCCCAGCUGUUCUACCACCUCACCAAGCUGAUGGACUCUAUGCACGAGAUCGUCAAGAAGGUCAACCUGUACUGCCUGAGCACCUACAUCCAGGCGGACGCCAUGAAGGUGGAGUUCCCCGAGAUGAUGUCCGAGGUCAUCUCGUCCCAGCUGCCCAAGGUGCUGGCGGGCAUGGUCAAGCCGCUGCUGUUCCACACCAAGUGAGGUGGGAAAUAAACCAACCUUGCACAGACACCGUCUUCAUCAGCGGCCCUCUUUGUCUGCUUCGUUAUAGUACAACCUGAAGAAGGCGGUUUUAUUCUUCAUCCCAGAAUUGUGUUACAUUAACUUUACGGAAAUAUCUUUGUAAAAUGUAAAGAUAUAUUUUG